UCAAUCUAUUCUAACGUUAUCUAAAGUGAUUGUUCAAUUGAUCUACUGUUUUGUUUUGUUCGUGAGGAAGAAAAACAUGUCUGGAAAAGGCGAAGGACCUGCUAUUGGAAUCGAUCUCGGAACGACAUACUCCUGUGUCGGUAUCUGGCAGCAUGAUCGUGUCGAGAUCAUCGCAAACGAUCAGGGCAACAGGACGACCCCUUCUUAUGUUGCAUUUACUGAUACUGAACGUUUGAUUGGCGAUGCUGCUAAGAAUCAAGUCGCCAUGAAUCCGACCAAUACUGUUUUCGAUGCUAAGCGUUUAAUAGGGAGAAGGUUUAGUGAUCCGUCAGUGCAAGAUGACAUGAAACAUUGGCCAUUUAAAGUUGUAGCUGGUCCAGGUGAUAAGCCAAUGAUUGUUGUCUCUUACAAAGGAGAGGAUAAACAGUUUUCUGCUGAAGAAAUCUCUUCAAUGGUGCUCGUGAAGAUGAAGGAAGUUGCAGAGGCGUAUCUAGGUACAACGAUCAAGAAUGCAGUCGUUACUGUCCCUGCUUAUUUCAAUGAUUCCCAGAGGCAAGCGACUAAGGAUGCUGGCGUAAUCUCGGGACUCAAUGUUAUGCGUAUAAUCAACGAGCCGACAGCAGCAGCUAUUGCAUACGGUCUCGACAAGAAAGCGAGCAGUUCUGGGGAGAAGAACAUUCUGAUCUUUGAUCUCGGGGGUGGGACUUUCGACGUUUCUCUUCUCACGAUUGAAGAGGGUAUAUUCGAGGUUAAAUCCACAGCUGGAGACACCCAUUUGGGAGGUGAAGAUUUCGAUAAUAGAUUGGUAAAUCACUUCGUUCAGGAAUUCAAGAGGAAGCACAAGAAGGAUAUUAGUGGAAAUCCAAGAGCUUUGAGGAGAUUGAGAACCGCCUGUGAGAGAGCAAAGAGGACUCUUUCUUCGACCGCACAAACUACACUGGAGAUCGAUUCCUUGUUCGAGGGAAUCGAUUUCUACACCACGAUCACCCGGGCAAGAUUCGAGGAGCUGAACAUGGAUUUAUUUAGAAAAUGUAUGGAGCCAGUGGAGAAAUGUUUGAGGGAUGCAAAGAUGGACAAGAGCAACGUCCAUGAAGUUGUUCUUGUCGGUGGCUCGACCCGUAUUCCAAAAGUGCAGCAACUUCUGCAAGAUUUCUUCAAUGGAAAAGAGCUCUGCAAGAGCAUCAACCCCGACGAGGCCGUCGCCUAUGGAGCCGCGGUUCAAGCCGCUAUUCUGAGUGGAGAAGGCAACGCGAAAGUUCAAGACUUGCUCUUAUUGGAUGUAACACCACUCUCCCUCGGCCUUGAAACCGCAGGUGGAGUCAUGACAGUUCUGAUUCCUCGUAACACAACGAUUCCAACGAAGAAGGAGCAAGUGUUCUCCACAUACUCUGAUAACCAACCUGGAGUGUUGAUUCAGGUUUACGAAGGAGAGAGGACAAGGACAAGAGACAACAAUUUGCUGGGGAAAUUCGAGCUGAGCGGUAUCCCACCUGCCCCAAGAGGGGUACCUCAAAUAACCGUUUGCUUCGACAUAGACGCUAACGGUAUCCUGAACGUGUCGGCGGAGGACAAGACGACAGGACAGAAGAACAAGAUCACGAUUACAAACGAUAAAGGCCGGUUGUCCAAGGAGGAGAUAGAGAAGAUGGUGGGUGAGGCUGAGAAGUACAAGGCGGAAGAUGAAGAGCACAAGAAGAAGGUGGAAGCGAAGAAUGGCUUGGAGAAUUAUGCGUAUAACAUGAGGAACACGAUUAAAGAUGAGAAGAUAAGCGGGAAGCUAGGCCAGGCUGAUAAGAAGAAGAUCGAGGAAGCUAUAGAAGGUGCUAUUUCCUGGUUGGAAGGGAAUCAGCUGGCUGAGAUUGAGGAGUUUGAGGAUAAAUUGAAAGAGCUGGAAGGUGUAUGCAAUCCUAUUAUAGCCAAGAUGUAUCAGGAAGGUGGUGCACCCGAUGGAGUCCCCAUGGAUGAAGGUGAUGGUCCUGGUGCUAGCCGUGGUGGUGGUGGAAGUGGCCCUGGACCGAAGAUUGAGGAAGUAGAUUAAGUUGCAUUCCCUGUUUUUGAAUGUUU